AUGGGAAAAUCAAAUAGAAAGCGAAGUGAAUUAAUGCAACAAAUGAAAUUAUUUUAUAAAUGUCAAAUCCCAUUUGAUAUCGAAUUAGUUAAUGCGCAUUUAAAUCUUGAUGAAGAUCUUAUUGAAAUAAUAGAAGAAGAUAAUGGUAUUAAUGAUGCAGAAAUAAAUUCAUUUGAUAAAAUCAUUAAGGAUAGUUUGGAAGAGGAUUCGGAGAAAGAAGAUAAUCAAAAUGUAGUUGAAAAAGAAAAGGAGACAGACAUAAAAUGGGAUCCAAUCGCAGCAGCUGAUGAACACGUAUUUGAAGGUUACAGAG